AUGCACAUCUUUUCUUUUUCAGUGUGCAAGUACGUCACGGUCGAAAUGAAAUCUGCAUUUGAAGAAACAGGAAAAACCAAAGAAGUGAUUGACACAAAGUAUGACUACAUGGAGGAAAAAAAAGGGAUUCCGAUAAAAUAUGUCAAAUCUGAUAUCAGAUUCAUAGAAGUAAUGGAGACAAUUUGUCAGAGGCUCAUGCAUUAUAAUUUGCACAAAGAAAGAACAGGAAGCAACCGAUUUGCAAAGUGUUAUGUGAUGGUGGAGAAGUAUGAAGAUCUAAUUGAAGACUGGUAUAGGAAACAUCAGGAUGAGGAUCUCACCACUUACCUGUGUGAAAAGCAUGUACUGAAGGGGGAAAACCAAGGAAGCGUUUAUUAG